AUGAAAUUUUCAAAUUGUCUUCUCAGUGCCAUCGUCGGGGUCAUCGUGGUGGCUUCCUGUGGUCAGUGCAGUGUCCUGCCUUUCAAGAAAAACUUGAUAGCAAGACAUUUUUUCAACCUGUUCAAUGAUGAUUCAUCAUCAUCAGCAGCAGAACCAACCACAGUAGGCCUACCAGCUGUAUCUUUCUCUCCCUCAUCACCAUCAGCAGCGGAAGCAACGUCGUUAUCUUUCGACGACAUGAAUGAUGUCAUGCAGACAGCAGUUGACGUUAGUAAGAUGAACGAACAAAUUUCAAUGUUCGGUAAGCACGAGAGAAACAAAAGAGCUGACAGCGACUUCAGUGGCCACAGCCAGGACAACGACGAUGUUACGAGCAAUGACAACACCAAUCAUGUUAUCGCUUCAAAUAUAAACUCAAAAGCACUUUCGUCGUCUCCACUCAAUCCAUCUCCCAGCGGCCAAACGAGAAGACAGAAACGUUUGGACAACACUUUGAACAAACGGAGCUUGUGCCCAUGGACCAUCAUUCAAGACUUCCAGGCCAACAGAAAUCCUCAGACAAUCUACAAAGCUCAGUGUGACAUCAGCGUGAAAGGUGCCUACUCCUGCGAGCACGUGUACAUGAAGGUUCUAACGAUGGUCUACACCAAUGGGGGCUGGGUCUCUAACAUGGUUGACGUUCCGGUCGGCUGCAUAACUGCAGUUCCGGUCACUGCAUCGGCCAGCUAUGUUUCCGGUACUCUUUCGUGA